UUAAUUCCACCAUUAAACCUGUCCAUUGUCGUCUCCUUUUCCAAACAAUCAAAAGAUUCAGAACCCACUCUUUUCGACAAUGGCAGUAUCAACAUUCUCUUUUGCUUUGAGCCUUGCCAUUCUCUCAAUCUGGGCCGUUGAUGCUGCUCACCACCAUGCGACAGCGCCAUCCCCUUCUUCUUCUUCAUCCUCCUCUUCCUCCACCGUGGACUGCUCGACUCUGAUACUGAACAUGGCGGAUUGUUUGUCGUUCGUGUCAAGUGGGAGCGAGGUGUCGAAACCGGAAGGGAGUUGCUGUUCUGGAUUGAAAACCGUGUUGAAAACGGGCCCUGAGUGUUUAUGUGAGGCAUUUAAGAGCAGUGCUUCAAUGGGUGUUUCAUUGAAUGUCACUAAGGCCUCUACAUUGCCUGCUGCUUGUAAAGUUUCUGCUCCUUCUUCUACAAACUGCGCUGCAUCUGUCACUCCUGCUGGUGCCCCAGAUGUGGAACCAUCAGCAACAGCAGGUGCACCCACAACAUUCUCUGCAGCAAAUGAGGUAGCACCAACACCAGCUCCGGGAAUCUCAGGCUCUGCGGUGCUUUCGGUUUCGGCCGGAUCUAUUGUCGUAGGCAUUAUAAGUAUGUUGGUGUCGGGCUACGUACUACGUUAAAAACGUUACGGAUUAUUGGACAUGAGAGUGAGAGAGAGAUUAUUGUUUAUUGAUGUGUGGUUGUAAUAGAUUUAUGUUUCAUUUUGUGGGGUUAUUGGAAACUCUUUGAGCUUUGGACCAUCCUCUAAAAUUUAGUGCUAUAGUGUUCUAUAUUUGUUUCCCAUUUAUUUCUCCACUAAAUUGAACCCUAAGAAGGUAUUUUCCCCCUCAA